CGUGCAAGUCCAAUGGCGGCAAAAGCAGCAGCGUCCAAGCUCAUAUUGUCGGGUAUCCAGCCGACGGGCGUGCCGCACCUUGGCAACUACUGCGGCGCAGUCUCGAAGUGGGUCGACCUCCAAAACCGGACGCAGGCACCGCGGGCGUCGCAGCUCUACAUGACUGUCGAUCUGCACGCGAUCACAAUGCCGUACGACCAUACGCAGCUACAGCGCAAUAUCCGCGACCUUGGCGCGUCGCUCCUCGGUUGCGGUCUCGACCCGACCAAGUGUGUGCUCUUCAAGCAGUCGGACAUUACGCAGCACACGGAGCUCGCGUGGCUGCUGAGCUGCGUCACGCCGCUCUCGUGGCUCCACCGCAUGACGCAGUUCAAGCAGAAGAGCCAACAGAAGGACCAAAACAACGUGUCGCUUGGAUUGCUCUCGUACCCUGUGCUCAUGGCCGCGGACGUCCUCCUCUACAAGGCCACGCACGUGCCCGUGGGCGACGACCAGCAGCAGCACCUCGAGCUCGCGCGCAUGGUGGCCACGACCUUUAACGAUCGCUUCAAGCAGCCGAUUUUUCCCAAGCCGAUCCCAGUCCGCGAAGACCCAAACGACCAGCUUGUGCGCAUCAUGAGUCUCAAGGAGCCAACCAAGAAGAUGAGCAAGUCGGACCCGGCGGUCGGUAGCCGCAUCGAUCUCACGGACGGGCCCGACGUCAUUCUCAAGAAGAUCCGCAAGGCCCAGACAGACGCGAUCGAUGGCAUCUUCUACGACAAGGAAGGACGACCGGGGGUCUCGAACCUCAUGUCCAUUCUGAGCGUCGUCUCGGACAAGUCGCUGGACGAGAUUCAGGCCGACUAUGGCUCGUACCAAACGGGUCAGUUCAAGAAUGUUGUGGCCGAGGCCGUUGUGGAAAAGAUUGGCCCGAUCGGCGCUCGGAUUGCGCAGUUCCAGCAAGACCCUGCCUAUCUGGACGCAGUGUUCGCCGACGGACGAGAUGCGGCGGCCACGAUCGCGACGUCGACGAUGGCCGAGGUCAAGGCUGCCAUGGGCAUGGCGUAGAGCAUCUUAGAGACCAAUCGAGAGCAGCAUUCUCCUGUAUUGCUGGUGUAACGAGUAUAGCCUUGGGUUGCGUCUAGUCGGCUGAAGUAGUGG